CAGGGACGCCGGGGCGGAGCUUGGAAAGCGACCCCGCCCACCCCGUGUCCCCAAGGAAGAGCUCGGCGGUCGGCCUUGGGAACUACAAUUCCCAGGAAGCCGUACGGCAGGAGCUUCGGUGGCGCCUGCGCAAACGUCAACGGCGGCAGGAGCGUCGGGGGAGUGUCCUGGGCACCGAUUGGUCGGGAGUGAGAGCCGUUUCGGGACCCGCGGAAAACGCGCGCCUGCACCUGAGCCUGCAGACCUCGUUCUUGCUGCUGGUGGCGGCUGCAGAGGCGGCAUGGAUCUUGGCGAGCUGGACGGAGACAGUACGGGCCGCUGUCGCCUGAACUCGCCUGUGCCCGCGGUGUGCCGCAAGGAGCCCUGCGUCCUGGGCGUCGAUGAAGCGGGCCGGGGCCCGGUGCUGGGCCCCAUGGUCUACGCCAUCUGUUAUUGCCCCCUCUCACGCCUGGCACAUCUGGAGGCCCUGAAAGUGGCAGACUCAAAGACCCUAUCGGAGAGCGAGCGGGACAGGCUCUUUGUGAAAAUGGAGGAGGACAGGGACUUUGUGGGCUGGGCAUUGGACGUGCUGUCUCCAAACCUCAUCUCUACCAGCAUGCUUGGGCGGGUCAAGUACAACCUGAAUUCCCUAUCCCAUGAUACAGCCACUGGGCUGGUGCAAUAUGCCUUGGAUCAGGGUGUGAAAGUUGCCCAGGUAUUUGUGGACACUGUGGGGCCACCAGAGACUUACCAGGCGCGGCUGCAGGAGCAGUUUCCCGGCAUUGAGGUGACAGUCAAGGCCAAGGCAGAUGCCCUCUACCCUGUGGUCAGCGCUGCCAGUAUCUGUGCCAAGGUGGCCCGUGACCAGGCUGUAAAGAACUGGCACUUUGUGGAAAAACUGCAGGACCUGGAUGCUGAUUAUGGCUCUGGUUACCCCAAUGAUCCCAAGACAAAAGCGUGGUUGAGGAAGCACGUGGAGCCUGUGUUCGGCUUCCCCCAGUUUGUCCGGUUCAGCUGGCGCACGGCCCAGAGCAUCCUGGAGAAGGAGGCAGAAGGUGUUCUGUGGUGGGUGUCCUGGAGGUGCUGUGAGGAAAGAGGGAAGGAGGCCAGGGCUCAGCCCUCCCUGGGAAUACCUCCCCCCCAACACACCGAAGUGGCCAGUAUCACCACCUCUCCCACAGGGAGGACUCGCCGACAGGGGAUCAGGAGGGAUCUGGGAGGAUCAUGUCCUACUUCAGCAAAGGCCCCCGAACCCACCCCCACCUCCCGCACCGGUACUUCCAGGAGCGAGGCCUGGAGUCAGCCACCACCUUCUAGGAGCCAGCCUGUUCUCCCUUUAUGUGCCUCCCUCACCCCCCCCCCCCGCCCCCCUUUUGUGAUUAAAAGUUGUUUACUGAAAGCUAAGCAUUUGGUUGUACUUUGCGGUGGAAGCAGGUUGGGAGGGUGCUCUGCAGCUGGACCCAGCUACAGACUUUCCGAACCGAAACAGGAUGGGCCCUGGCUGAUUUUAUUUUAUUUUAUAUUUUUAUUUGAUUUCACUUUUUAAAGAUUUAUUUAUUUA